AUGAACGAGCUGGGCGAGGGGCCCGCGCGCCUGAUGAACCUGCUGAGCGAGGGGUACCUGGAGGCGCACAACACGGCGACGUUCAAGCAGGCGGAAACGUUUAACCGCGCGCAGUACAUUUUGACGGCCUCAGGGAAUAAAGUCUCCAGGGACUCCAUUCUGUGUGGCAUGAGGAACAUCCACAUGCUGGGGAGGUCCAUUGUAAAAAGCGGAGCCAUGUUGAGGGGGGACCUGAGUAGCCUCUACUUUGGGAAGUACGUCGUGGUGGGGGUGAAGACGCUCAUCUGCCCGUGCUUCCUGCAGGGGCGCGAGCCGCAAAGGGGGGGAAGCUGUAGCAGAGGAAGAAGUGGUAGCAGCGGAAGAAGCAGCAGCAGCGGAAGAACCGGCAGCAGCGGCAGAAGUGAUAGAGGCGACGACCCGCCGACCUCCUCAUACGUAACCCUAACCAUCGGAGACAACGUCCUCAUCGGAAACGAAUGCAUCAUCAAGGCGGCGCUCAUCGGAAGCAACGUCGUCAUCGGGAACAACUGCGUGGUUGGGGAGAGAGUCGUAAUCAAGGACAACGUAGUAGUAAAAGACAACACAUACGUCCCCAACGAUACCAUCCUUGCCUCCUUUGCAAAGUACGCGGGGUGCCCAGCCGCAUACGUGAAAGAACUGCCUGAAUCGGCUCAGAUUUAUUUGAAGCACAUUUCGCACCAACAGUACAAAAAUUUCGUCCCCGAGGGUUAG